AUGCACAUCACGGUUUUGCUAGGGGUUAGCAGUAGAAACGGAUUCUCAGCAUGCGCCGACCUCCGAUCCGGUAGAAGCCGCACGGAAAUCACGAAGCAGCCUGAAAAGGAGGUAGAACGCGGUAAUGCGUACCACCAAGACACCUCUCUGCACAACCACAUCUACACUCGCCGACCAAGAUCCACCCAUUUCUUCAUCGGCACCGUUCAAAACCAAGAAGCCCAGAAACGAGACAUCCAACUCCUCGAGACUGCCGACAAGGCGAAACCCAUCGAACGCAAAAACGUCAUCCUCGCCCGAUUCGAAGAGACGAAUGGGUUUCGCAUGCUCGGAACUUUUCGAAUGCUGAAUACUUGGCGGUUCGUGACGGCUGAUGGGAAAUCUUACUUCACAAGGAUCGGAGAUGUUGAAGGGGGGAUCGCAUGUGAUCUCGCGUUUCUGGAGAGAAAUAAGGUCAAGCUUUCCAAAGGAUAUCAGGAGAAUGGCAGCAAUGUAGAUCUGGGAGAGCUGCGGAGACGUGUUGGGAAACGGUUGGGAGAGUUGCGGAAAGACAAGAAGAAAUGGGACGGUGCGGAGAGGGAAGUGCCCAAAUUGCCACCGUUGACUUUGCAGCAUUUUCCUGCCGCACAGCUCCACGACGCGAGCAAUGUGUUGAAAGAUGGGGUCAAGGGAUUGGCGGUGGUGCGUGUGGUCUAUAUGUUGCCGGCGGCGGCGCUGGCUGACCAUGCCAAACGCUCGCCACAGAACUGCUACUUCGACAUUGACAAGACUACGACGUUCGCGGACAUGGAUGCAGUGCUGCUCAGUGGAAAUGCCCCAUCCCAUCAGCGGAUUGAGCGGGGAGUGCGUCAUAUCAGGCCGACGCGUGUCUGGUGGAUCAUGGAUCCACGAAUGGAGGGAGAUAUUGGUAAGAUGUACAGAGUCAACAAGAUGAGCACGCAGGUGUGCAGGUACAUCAAAGACGCGCCGAGCAGCGAUGGGUUUACGUUGUACACUGAGUGCCACAUUCGCGAGGCAAACGCUAAACAUGAGUACGACGAGGAUGGAAAGACGACAUAG